GCCCUGGUUGGAUUUGUGGCACACGCAAUCCGACCGCCAGUGCAGCAGAACUUAUUUCCGUGCACCUCCGAGUCAGACAUCACCAGGCCUGUACGCUCACAGCACUGCAGACUGCUCAUCCUUGACGAUGGCUACAACGGGAGACGCGAAACCAACCUACAUCUACAAGCUUAUCCCUUCCUCCGCGCCUCCGCCUGAUCAUCCCUUGCCGGCCGUCCUCCCAGUAAGCGAGCUCGACCAAUCGUCCGGCUUCAUCCACCUCUCCACCUCGAGGCAAGUCCCGAACACCCUCAAGUUCUUCUUCGCCGACGAGCUGCGCGUGCACGUUCUCCGCCUCGCGUACGACCCGCUAGAGGAGAAGAAGCUUAUCCGGUGGGAGGAUCCGAAGGCGGAGGUCUGCGGCCCGCGCGGCGGGGAAGGGAUGUUCCCCCACCUGUACAACGGGCUGAAGCUGGGCAAGGACGAGGUGGACAGCGUCGCGACGUGGGAGAGGCGUGAUGGGGAGGGAUGGGAGGACGUGACUGGGCGGGAGCAGAGUUGGUUGAUCUACUAGGGCGCGCGCUGACCGAUAACGCGACCCUGCACGUUGGCGUAGUCGAUUGACGUGCUGCUUGUACUCCGCGAACGUUGUAGGUCCAUGCAGCUCGAUCGUCUCAGGGGACGAAGCGUGUUCGAUCGUGAUCGCCGCAUCACAGUCUACAGACGGUAGCCGGCUUGCUCUCGUGAGGUGUGGAUCCAUGUGAGAGCCGAAAGCCAGUACCGUACAUUAGGCUUGUACUGCACUGCACCGCAUUAGCAUUGAACCCUUGGUUUCAACAUGGCUUGCUCGGUGCAAAUGAUUGCGAGCAUACGGGGAACGAAU